CCAUGUGGCACGCCUCCGCGCCGCGCCGGCCAAACUGUACGUGUUGGUGGUACAUAAGACCCCGUCCCUCCUCCCACUCCUCUUGAUGGCUUCUUCUUCCACCUCUGGCUCGACCAACAACUCAAAGGAGACGCGGUAGGUGUUCUAGCACGGCAAGAAGAAACUGCAGCUUUGAGAGAAGAGAGGAAGAAAAGGAGGACGACAUGGAUCGGUUGGUGAUACCGGAGCCGUCGAACGAGGUGAUGGUCCGGGUGGAGCCCGGGAGGCAGGCGAGGGGGGAGCUCACGCUGCGGAACGCGAUGCACACCAUGCCGGUGGCGUUCCGGCUGCAGCCGGCGGUGCGGGGGCGCUUCGCGGUGCGCCCGCACACGGGGAUCCUGGCGCCGCUCGCCGCGGUCACCGUGGAGGUGAUGUACCUGGGCUCCGCGGCGCCGGAGGGGCAUAGCAGCGGGUCGGGAGGAGGGAGCCGCGGCGAGGACGCGUUCCUGCUGCACAGCGUGGUGGCUCCCGGCGCCGCCGUUAAGGAGCCCGUGACGGCGCUUGACUCGGUCAACCCGGAGUGGUUCUCGGCGAGGAGGAAGCAGGUGUUCGUGGACAGCGGCAUCAGGGCGAGCUUCGUGGGCGCGUCCGUGGCCGCGCGGCUGGUGGCGGCCGGCGCGGUGGAGGCGCUCAGGGAGGUGCUCGACCGCAGCGAGCCCGAGUGGCACCCCGCGGACGCCGCCGACGAUUCCGGCCGCACGCUGCUCGACCUCGCUGUCGGCCUCGGCCGCGCCGACAUCGUCCAGGUGCUGCUCGAGUACGGCGCGGACGCCGACAAGCCGAGCCGCGGCCGGACGCCGCUCGAGACGGCCGCCGCCUCCGGCGAGUGCCUCAUCGCCGAGCUCCUCAUCGCCAACGGCGCGACGCCCACCGGCUCCGACGCGCUCCACGCGGCCGCCGCCGCCGGCCAUAACGACGUCCUGAGGCUGCUCCUCGCCAAGUCCGCCUCCGCUUCUCCCGCCUCGUCCUCUUCCGCGUCCUUCUCGUGUUCGUUCACAUCUAUCGACGCGGCGGGGAGAGACGGCAAGACUCCUCUUCGCCUGGCCGCGGAGGCGGGGCGGCGGGACGCGGUGAAGGCGCUUCUCGCGGCAGGCGCGAGGGCCGACGCGAGGUGCGGCGCGGACGGGGCCACCGCGCUGCACGCCGCGGCGAGGCGCGGAGACGAGGCGGUCGCGCGCCUCCUCCUGUCGCACGGCGCGGCCGGCACGGCCGCCGUGCGCGACGUGGCCGGGAAGACGGCCUUCGAGAUCGCCGCCGAGGAGGGCCACGGCGGCCGGAUCAUGGACUUCCUGGGCCUCGGCGAGGCGAUCCUGGCCGCCGCGCGCAAGGGCGAGGUGAGAUCGGUCCGGCGCGCGGCCGAUGGCGGCGCGUCCGUCGAGGGGCGGGACGCGCACGGGUGGACGCCGCUCAUGCGCGCCGCCUUCAAAGGGCGCGCCGACACGGUGCGCGACCUCAUCGACCGCGGCGCGGACGUUGAUGCGGCCGACGCCGAGGGGUACACGGCGCUGCACUGCGCGGCGGAGGCGGGUCGCGCCGACGUGGUAGACAUCCUCCUAAAGAACGGCGCGAACGCCAAGGCCACGACGGUGAAGGGAAGAACUGCCGCCGAGGUCGCGGCCGCCGCGGGGAAGUCCAAAGUGCUGCGGCUUCUUGAGAAGGCCGGCGGCAUGGGGAGGAAGGAUGUCAGCGAGAAGGCGGUGGCAAAGGGUGGUAGCAUGGACAGGAGGCGGCGAGGGCGGAAGGGAAGCAUCGGUGGCGCCAUACGGUUUGGUGGCGGGAAGGAGGGGUUCGAAGCAGCCGCGGUUAGCGUGGGGUGGUCGCACUAGCCCUGUGCCGAAGCCCAAGUCGAGAAGAGCCUAUUGAAUUUUGGUUCAAGACUGCCUCGGAAGGUUUUGCUCCAAUUUGUGAUUAGUUUUGGAGACGAGUAAUUCAAAUUUGUUUUGAAGAAACAGGCAAGUAAUAUAUGUGUUAUACUUUGUGGUUGAGGCUGUGUAGUACACUUGUAAAAAUAGACUGCUCAGGGCUAGGUGUUCAGUUUUUCUUUUUUCACUUCGUUGUGCCACACUAUACUGAUGGCUUGGGUUUGUAGUUAUGACUUGAGGCAGGAAUGUCCUGCUGUAAAUUGUACAACGAUGAUUUUAUUUCAAUAAAUGAGUUUUACUGACUUUUAAA